ACCACUUUCAAUUUGACUCGUGCCCCGGUCUGUCUGUAACUCUCUUCAGUAUGGCAGACACAGUGAAUUCCGGAUCUGAUGGAAUCAUGGAGCUCUUGGAGCAAAAGGAUGAGGAAAUCGCAAAGCUUAGGGUUCGAGUAGCUGAACUUGAAGACAUGUUAAUGAAGUCGAGCGAGGACGUUAGGAGUUUGACAGCAGAAUCGGAACUUGCAAAACGCACCAGGAAACGUGCACCCAAAAAGGAAGAGGAAGAUAACAAACCAGCGAAGCGCGUGAAACACGAACAUAAUGCCGUCAGGCCACCGUCACCUUCGAGCUCUGGCAAGCGACUUAUGAGUGCGGCACCACUCGCAGAUCAUCCGAUCGCUGAAAGUGCCGCCGUUCGUGCAGCUUCUGAAGAUAUAGUCGAUGCAAUACUCGAGCCGGAUAAUAACGACGAUGAUCCCAUCCCUGCUUCUCGUGGGCCACCUCGAGAGGUUUCUGAAGAAAUCACAAUUAUCGAUGCUCCAGCUUUAUCUCGUCCUCCUCGCGGCGUCUCUAAACCAGCACCUAAAAUCAAGCGGGAGACCAUUGACGUGGACUCUCUUCCUGAUAAUUCUGCUCCACAGAAAGAUGAGCAGGCCUUCGUACGGAAGUUUGAGGUCAAGAAAGACACAGAGCUCGUCGGGACAUCUAUCACAAGCCGCAUCGAGAAGAUCGCUUCCCGUCCAGUCCCUGUGACGUUAGACCCUGAACUUCGCUGGAGAUCCUUUUCUCGGCAAACGUUCCUAAGCCCUUGUUUUGGUGGCUCUCCUCAAGACCCGUGUCCUGGAAUCGCAGCGCAGAGGGUCGCAGACCACGGCCACAAGUACUGGUUGUUUGUUAACCCCCUGUUCCAUCCCAAUGCACCAAGCCAGCCAGGAGAUCACGGAGCGUGGUUCGAGUUUGAUACCCUUGCCAACGAACUGGACGAUUUGAGCCAUGUACGGCAUGGAUUUGUUCGGAUGAAGGCCGACGAAUGGCUCUAUGUAGGGGAGUUGGAAGGUGUUUUAACCGAACCUUUGACACCGACGGAAUGGAUGAUGCAACCACAAAAGGUCAGACAGUCGUGGUGCUCCAACCUCGCAAUAAAGCCUUGGGGCACACAAGUCAGGGCGGCUGUUCAUCUUGAGAAACAACUCCAUCGAAAGCCUACUGCGAAAGAGCUUCAAGUCGCAAUCAAGAAUAAGACGAUGGACUACAAAGACGUCACCCCUGCUGAAAUCAUGGCCGCGUAUGACAACGACAAGCAGCGCUUUGCUGUCGUCGUUUUGAAAUGUGUGGGAUAUGAUGAAGACUUUCAGCGGGAGCUUGUUCGGAAGUUCGAAACAUGGGUACCGCCGUCUUCGACCAAGAAGUCGAAGUCUAAAGGGAAGACGGUGAAAGAUACCAAGAAGAAUGAGAGUGGUAAUGUUACUGACGAAGACAAUGCUCCUGAAGAACGGGUGUAUGUUCCUAGGGGCACCACUAGCAGGCCCAGAGCUCGUUAAUGGUACACUGAUUUUU